AUGGCAGCCAAUGCUUCCCACUAGCACAGCUACCUCGGGGUGGUCGUGUCGUGUGAGAGGCAGUGGCUGGAGCAUUUCCAGUGGACUGAGGACAUUCUGCUGAUCCUGCUGGAGGGUGUCCAUGCCAGGGAGCUCCACUUCUUCAUGGACUAUGCCAGGAACCUGGAAGCCUUCGAGGUCGCUCUCUGUGCCUCUGAGGAUGCUGUCACCAUGGAGGUCCCCCUGCAGAUUGACAGCGAUGCCCUGCGGGUGCUGGUGUGCCAGCCUGGUGAUGCUCCAGCCGGGCACUGGCUGAGACUAGGCACUUGCUAUCUGGAAGUGCCCUCUCCAGGGACUGACUUGGAUGACUGGACCGGUGUGAUGGAGCAAGGAGUUGGUGGAAGGUGCCUGGUUCUGGGCGAAGUCGUCCAGCACCUGAAAGAGCUCCUUGUUUCGUCCAUUGUGUGCUGCCAACGCCGCUUCCUGCUUCAGCCAGGUGACCUCAGUGCUGAAAAUCUGCAGGAAGAUGCCAUGGAGCUCUCCCUGCUGAUCCGCAGUGGCUGGAAGACUGUCUGCUUUGACUUCAUCCCUGUGGUGAAGAGACAGCAGGAGUUGCUCUGGCUGAAGGGGUGGCAGGGCGACAGGGGCUUCCCCAAAGGCAACCUCUGGAAGGCCAAGGAAGAGGCCCACUUUGUCCCUGCCUCUCCCCAUUGCUGGAGAACCUCCACUCACCUCCCCAUCCUGAAAUUGCUCCAGGCAGUGGACAUGCUGAAGGGACCCUGUCUGAACAGACUUCACCUGCAUAAUCAGCUACAUGGCCAGGACUGGGGAGAGGAGGGUGGGAAAGACAGUCUCACCUUCAACCACCUGAAGAUGGUGCUGCUGUGGAGCAUGGAGCUCUUCCCCUCCCCAGUACAGGACCUGGAGGGCUCCAUCUGUAAGUUCUUGGUGAUCCUCCUCCACUGCCUGGCCACCUGGCACUUGCCCCACUUCCUGUACCCAGAGCAAAACCUCUUCCAAGGAGAGGCCCUGGACCUCGCCUUUCUCUACAGUAAGGUGGAGAGCUUCGCCUGGGACCCUCGACACUUCCUUCGCUUCCGUUUUGGCUUCCCUGCACGCGCUGACAGCUGGCACUCAGAUCCUGGCACCCAAGCCCUCCUGUACCUCCCCGCAGAGGAUGGGUCUUACCGGGAUCCAGCCUACUUUGACAUCCUGUUCAGCCACUUCCAGGUGUACCAGAUCCAGGAUAGCGUAUGGCACUCAGCAAUGUGCCAGCUACUCUCUAAGAUCCAGCAAGAAAUCCCCCAGCAGAGCUGA